CAUAAGCAGGUAGUAAAGCUGCUGGUUGACAAGGGCGCCGACGUCAACGCGCAGGGUAAAGACUACAGCAACGCAUUGCAGGCAGCUUCAGAUAGAGGCCACGAGCAGGUGGUCAAGAUGCUGCUCGACAAGGGCGCCGACGUCAACGCGCAGGGUGGAGCCUAUGGCAACGCACUCCAGAUGGCUUCACAAGGAGGCCACGAGACGGUGGUGCAGCUGCUGCUU